AUGGGAGGCUGUGCUAGCAAACCCAAGGACUUGGACACCACCGAGAAGGCGGGCCCACCCGCACCAGUCGAGGCCCCCCCUGCUGACCAAGCGCCAGCUGUCGCCGAGGCCAACGCUGUCGAGGAAAAAAAGGAAGAUGUGGUUGAGGAAAAAAAGGAAGAACCUUCGGUAGAAAUAUCCGAACAAGCUCCGGCUAAGGUGGAGGAAGCCAAGGAAGAAGCCGUUCAAGCCGAGACCAAGCCGGCUGAGGAAGCCAAAGAAGAAGCUGAAAAGGAAGCCGAGACUAAGCCGGCUGAGGAAGCCAAGGAGGAAAAAAAGGUGGAGGCUUAA